AUGAAGUAUCCUUAUUAUCCAUGGUGGCUUAUAAAUAUCGAUCAGCUUGAAGGAAGCUGGGAAGCACAGGAGGUUCAUACUUCCAAAGAGAAGUUUGAGAAGGAAAGGCAAAUUUUUGAGAUACUGGGAGAACACCCUAGAAUAGUACGAUGCCUGGGUAUUGCUGAGGUACAUCGUGGAUUCCUCCUUGAAGAGGCAAGUCAUGGCGAUCUUCAUGGAUACAUGAAGAAUCAUGGAAAGGACAUGGAUAUGAGUUUGCGCUUGAAAUGGCGCUCGCAGGCUGUAGAGGCGAUCGAGUUCAUUCACAAACAUAAUGUCCAUCACUUCGAUAUGAGUCCUUACAAUAUGCUUGUGCAUGCUGACUCAAACAAUGAUCUGAACCUUCUAUUGUGUGAUUUUGGGUUUUCAGGCAUAGGAGACAAAAAGCAUGCUUGUGGCCAUACGCCCGGAUUCUUCGAUCCAGAGUGGACUAUCUCUCCAGUGUACCAGGAUUUGUUCGGUCUAGCGUCAAUCUUCUACUUGAUCAUGACUGGAAGUUAUCCCUAUGCGGAUGUUAUGCAAAAUGAUACCACGGAGGAAGCAGAUGCCGUGCUCCACCUCAUUCGAUGGGAACGCAAGUUCCCAUCCGUCGAUGAGAUUCCGGGUGGAAGUGUGAUCCUCAAUGCCUGGCAAAGGGUCUAUCCCGAUGCUACGGCUUUGAUUCAAGACCAAGAUCGCAUUUUCAAUUACCUCAAGCUGUCCCCUGGGGGUGGUCAGCCUUGA